CACAGAGCACAAAAUCUUCGACCGUCCGAUAUAGGGCUCCUCGUUCUAGGGUUGUUCUUCGGCGGAGUGGAGGCGGCGGCUGACACUGGGCGGUCGCGAUGGGGCGCAUGCACACACCCGGAAAGGGUAUUUCAUCCUCGGCUCUGCCUUACAAGAGAACGGCCCCGAGCUGGCUCAAAACCUCAUCACAGGAGGUUGAGGAGCAAAUCUGCAAGCUUGCGAAGAAGGGUCUCACUCCUUCCCAGAUCGGUGUAAUCCUCCGGGAUUCCCAUGGCAUCGCCCAGGUCAAAAUGCUCACAGGCAGCAAAAUCUUGCGCAUUCUCAAAGGCCACGGAUUGGGCCCAGAGAUCCCGGAAGACUUGUACUACCUGAUCAAAAAGGCCGUGGCUGUUCGCAAGCAUCUGGAGCGAAACCGGAAGGACAAGGACUCCAAGUUCCGCCUCAUCCUCAUCGAGAGCAGAGUCCACCGCCUCGCAAGAUACUACAAGAGGACCAAGAAGCUCCCUCCAACCUGGAAGUAUGAAUCCGCAACCGCGAACACUUUGGUGGCUUAGACUCAAGCUUUAAAAGCGAGCUCGUCGACUGUGAUCUUCGAGCUCUUCUGUUUUGGAUUAGAGUUUUCAUUUCGAACUAAUCUUCUCAGGGCUUCCAAAUUGUGAUCUUUUGUAUGAAUGUAGGAAGAAACUUGCUAGAA